AUGUCUGAAUCCGGCGCACACAUCCUGAUCUUCCCUUAUCCUGCGCAGGGGCACAUGAUACCCCUCCUCGAUUUCACCCACCACCUAGCCACCGCCGGUCUCACCCUAACCAUUCUUGUCACCCCUAAAAACCUUCAUCUCCUCCACCCUCUUCUCUCCAAACACCCCUCCAUCAACACCCUCGUUCUCCCUUUUCCGCCGCACCCCUCCAUUCCCACCGGCGUUGAGAACUCCGUCGAUCUCCCCGCCGGUGGUUUUCGGUCAAUGAUGCACGCGUUGGGUCAACUCAAAAGUCCUAUACUCAAUUGGUUCGAGAGCCACCCUUCGCCACCGGUAGCCAUCAUUUCCGACAUGUUCUUGGGAUGGACCCACAAUCUUGCCGUUGAGCUUGGAAUUCGGAGGUAUGUUUUUUACCCCUCCGGUGCCUUGGCUAUUUCUGUAAUUUUAUCCCUGUGGUGUGAUAUGCCAAAAAGACAAAAGUCGGAGGACGAAAAUGAAAUGAUAAAAUUUACCAAGAUACCGAAUUGUCCGGUUUACCCGUGGUGGCAGCUUUCUCCUAUAUAUCGUAGCUAUGUCGAGGGAGACCCAGUUAUGGAAUUUAUCAAAGAUGGGUUUCGUGCGGACGUGGUGAGUUAUGGGCUUGUGAUCAAUACAUUUAGUGGGCUAGAAAGGGUUUACUUGGAUUAUUUGUGUAAAGAGUUGGGCCAUGAUAGAGUGUGGUCCAUUGGACCGGUGUUGCCUCUGGAUGAUGUUUGGCCGGUGGAGCGAGGCGGGCCGAGUGAGGUUUUAUCUAGUGUAAUAUGCUCGUGGCUCGACACGUGUCAAGAUCAAACUGUAGUUUUUGUAUGUUUUGGGAGCCAAGCAGUGCUAACAAACAAGCAAAUGAAGGAACUAACCUUGGGCUUGGAGAAAAGUGGGGUGAAAUUCAUCCUGUGUGUUAAGGGCAAGACGAAAGGACACGUGGACGACGAAGAUUAUGGUGAUAUCCCACCCGGGUUCGAGGAUCGUGUGGCCGGGCGAGGCCUCGUGAUCAAAGGAUGGGCUCCACAAGUGUUGAUACUUAGGCACAAAGCAAUAGGUGCAUUCUUGACACAUUGCGGUUGGAAUUCUACACUUGAGGGGAUUGUAGCUGGGGUGCCAAUGCUGGCAUGGCCAAUGGGAGCAGAUCAAUUUGCCAAUGCAACCUUAUUGGUUGAUGAACUUAAGGUUGCAAUAAGAAUAUGCGAAGGGGAUGAAACUGUACUUGAAUCAAAUGAUUUAGUGAAGUUUUUGGGUGAGGUUACAAGUGAGAAAUGGAUAGAGAAAAGGGCUAUUGCAAAAAAUUUAAGCAAGGUUGCAUUUGAGGCAAAUGGAAAGGAGGGAAGUUCGUUCAAGAAUUUGGAUGCAUUUGUAAGGCAUGUUUCUGAAUUAAGGUUUGGUGUGUAG